AUGCAUCGAACAGAUUCCUAUUUUCGACGUAAUCCAGGUGGUAGUAGUUUACGUAGAUUUAGUUUUCGUCGUAAACCAACGAAAGAAUUUAUACCUGUACCAACAUCAACAUGGACAUUUAAUGAUGAAAGUCAUGAGUGGCAAUUACUUCGAGAGGAUGGUGCUCAUAUUCAACUUGUUUACAAUAAAACUGAACAUAUACCAUUAAAAGAUUUUGCUGCAGAAAUUCGUGGUGGAAAAGAUAUAAAAGAAUUUAUUCUUAGUGCACUUGUACUUCUUGAUGUACAAGAUACAUCAAUAGGAGAUUUAUUAGAAAUGAUUUUACGACAAAUAAAACAAACAAAUAUACCACAUAAUGGUGGUGGAACAACAUCACCAACACUGUCAGUAUCAAAUGCAACGACAACAAUGAUAAGCAAUACGGUUGGCAGUAUGAGUGGACAUCGAGAAAAUUUAAAUGUUGAAGAAAUUAAACAGGCUUUGUUUGUAAAUGAUAGAGUCCGAAUAUUAGCAAAAACUCUUCAAGCAACAACUGCAACUGAAACAAAUUGGACAUAUGAUCAAUCAUGGUUAGCAAUUAUGUGUACAUCACCAUCAAUUCUUAAACGACAUGUUGCUAUAGCUCGAUUAAAAAAUCCAUGUAAUUUAGGACGUAAUUGUCAAGAAGCACGUUUUAUUGUUUUUAUUCUAUCACCGAUGAAAGAAAAAGGUACAAAAAAUUUUCUUGAGACUGGUCGAACAUUUGCAACAAUAUUUGCUGAUAUUGAAUUACGUGCUAAAUUAUUAAAAGCAGCAACACAACAAGAAUUUAUUUCUAUUAUUGAUAAACAUACAGAUCAUUUAAUGGAACAACAAACAGCAGUAACACGAACAUCUCUACCAGAUCCUUUUGAUGAUAUUAAUACGAAUGCUGAAACAUCCAAAGAUCAGAUAUAUUAUUGUCCAUUACCUUCUGAUAUUUGUCUAGAUUUAUCACGUCGUUUACCACAUUAUUUCUCUGAUUAUUAUGAUAUUUUUAAAACUGAUCGUGGCCCACAAAAAGUUCUAUCAACAGCUGUAUUUCUUUAUUUUGCUUGUCUUUUACCAAGUAUUGCUUUUGGUGUACUAAAUUCGCAAGCAACAAAAAAUGAAAUUAGUAAGCACAAUAAAUAUGUUUUCUUUCGCAAACAACAAAAAAAAAAGAAAGAAAAGCAUUUAUUUAUAAGUAAAUAA